AUGGCCGAUAAAAAUGUGAAUUUGGGACCAGUAUACUUGAAAAACCGCAAUUUUACCGAAAACAAAACAUAUGAACGCAUGUCAGAAAACUCGUGGAACGUCAAUAGUGCAUUUCAGCCGAAGGAUGAUGGAAAUACAAGUGUUGAAAUCGACGAAAAUAUAUUGGGUAAUCAAAUACAUAAUUAUAGGAAAAUAAAAACACUCGAAGAAAACAUUCGGAAGGAUAUAGUUAGCGAUAAGAAUUCGAUGCAUAGGUCAAUCACUCCGGUAUUAAUGCUUGCUAGAUUUUUCGCUUUACUGCCUGUACAAGGUAUAAGAAGUCGAAAUACCAGUUAUUUAGUUUUCGACUGGUUCAGUUGGUCGGUAAUAUACGUUUUGAUAGUUCUUGCAUCGUCAUUCUUAAUCACAAGUCUAUCUUUAUACAAAGUGUACAAGACGGGCUUGACAUAUUAUAGUACAGUUGAAAUUGUAUUCUUCGGAAGCUCGCUAGUUAUUUACAUUAUUUUCAUAAAACUGGCUAGAGGAUGGCCAAAAGUGAUGAAAAAGUGGGAACUGGCAGAGAGGGAAAUGAGACAAUUUGGACACCCCCGUCAUACCGCGUUAAAAUUUAAAUUAUUAUCAGGCGUUAUCAUGGUUCUGGCAAUAAUCGAACAUUUAUCUGCCAUUCUAAAAGGAAUAGUCAAGGCUAUUCCUUGCUCUACCGGCGGACUGGAUAUUUUUCGAACUUAUUUUGCUAUGUCAUUUAGUCAAGUCUUUAGCGUGGUCGAAUUUUCAUGGGUAAUAGCUUUGCCCGUUGGAUUUUUAAAUCUUAUAAUUGCCUGUGCUUGGAACUUCAUGGAUUUGUUUAUUAUUAUACUAUCGUGUGGUCUUUCUGACAGAUUCAAACAAUUAAAUCGUCGUUUAUCUGCUGUCAAAGGGAAGGUUCUCCCAAGCACAUAUUGGCGGAAAUCGAGAGAAACAUAUAAUCUCUUGGCGUCAUUGACUCGAGAUUUCGACGAUUUUCUAUCACCAGUGAUUCUAUUAUCUUUCGCCAAUAACCUAUACUUCAUUUGUCUUCAGCUAUUGAACAGUUUAAAACCUAUGCACAAUAUUUGGGAAGCGUUGUACUUUGUGUAUUCGUUUAGUUAUUUGGUCGGUAGAACAUGUGCCGUUUCCUUAUGCGCGGCCUCGAUAAACGACCAGAGCAAACAACCAAGAAAUGUUCUUUUUUCAGUGCCAACAGAAAGUUAUGGCGUAGAGGUAGCAAGGUUCUUAACCCAGGUGACAUCCGACGAACUAGCAUUGACUGGGUGUCGGUUUUUUUCAGUCACUAGAACACUAAUGUUAACGGUUGCUGGAACUAUUGUUACAUACGAGAUUGUAUUGGUACAAUUCAAUAGCGUAACCAACGAAGCCAUUAACCAAAACAACACACUGGAUUGUCCAUAAUGGUGAAUUGAACACAUAAUAAUUACAAAAAUUCAACU